CCCAUCAGCACUCGCUUCCCGACCACUGCUAUCGCGAGGACUGGCCGGUAUUUCUGCUAUGGCUUUUCUCGUAUCCAAUUGUGCCUGGAAAACAUACAACAGCUUGUAAGCCGCGGCCAGGCGAAGGCUUGGCCAGCUGCGGCGGAGCUGUCGCGCAGCACCUGCGGCCAACUGCGCUCGACGGUCCCGCCUCGUAUAAAAGUGGGCGCCCCUCCCGCUCUUCUCACAACCGCUGCAAAACCACACUCGGGCCACUCAGCCUCAGCUUCUCUGUCUACCAUCUACCACCCAGCUACCAUGUCCUCCACCGUGACCAGCACCACCUCGUGCUCAUCCACCUCCCCCAAAAACUACGAGGCCGCAUUUGCUGCGCUUCAGUCCUCGUUCGGCAUCGUCGGCCAGAGCGUCCCGCGCGUCGAUCCCAAGCCUAUCAAGGGUGCGAAGAAGACCAAGACUGGCAAGACCGCGACGCCGUCCACGCCGAUGACGCGCUUCGAGCUGGCGCACGCCGACCUGAUGGCCAAGUACGGCUGUGGAGGCGGGGCGUCUGUGCGGACGCCGCACGCUGCAUAGAACGAGCCGCGGGUAUCUCAGAUUCUUUCUGCGCAUCGGGUAUCAAUUGCUCGUGAAAGCGCUACUCCUGAGCGGAAACAGCAUCUUGUAACGGACGAUGUCUCUCAUGGGUCUGUCAAACAAGGCCUCCGAGGAUGUUGUCGGUGCAUGGGCUCCGACCCGGUCUACACAGCGGCGUUAUCGCGGUGUCCCAUGUCCUCUGUACAUAGUUGCUUGAUUGCCUGUACAUUGAUUUGAAUAAUCGGUUGCUCGUCA